CCCUUGCCCACACAUUGAAGAAAUCCUUCCUCCUCCUCCGUCACACUCUUUCUUUUAAUUACUCAAUCACGGUCAAUCCCUCAUAUCAGAGAGAAAACGAAAGCAAGAAAAUCAAUAAGAUGGUCGCAGCCGCAGAGUCUCCACCGUACCUGAAAGUGCCACAGGUAGCAGAGGAGCUGAAAAGGACAGCCGACAUAGCCGUUCCCGGACUGGCGGCUGGCCUUGUGGGCUACAUCAGGAAUCUCGUGCUUGUGGCCUGCAUGGGUCGGCUCGGGACUCUCGAGCUUGCUGGCGGCGCCCUCGCCAUCGGCUUCACCAACAUCACCGGUUACUCUGUUCUAUCGGGGCUCGCCAUGGGGAUGGACCCGCUUUGCAGCCAGGCUAUCGGCUCUGGCAACUCCAAGCUGGCCCGCCAUACACUGUGCCAGACCAUCCUCAUGCUUCUCCUUGCCUCGGCCCUGAUCGGCCUUUUAUGGGCCAACCUCGAGCCGUUAAUGCUAGCCCUCCGUCAGAGGCCAGAUAUAGCUAAUAUGGCGGGUGUCUACUGCCGUUUCGCCCUGCCUGACCUCGUUGCCAGCAGCCUCCUCCACCCGCUGCGUAUAUACCUCCGCAGCAACGGAGCGACAUGGCCCUUGAUGUGGUGCACCCUUUUUGCAUCGCUUUUGCACGUUCCGACAGCCGUAUUCUUAUCCUUCACUUUACGCCUUGGGGUCCCCGGAAUCGCAAUAUCCAACUUUAUCACCAACUUCUGCAACGUCCUUUUCCUAGUAUUAUACCUUUUCUCCAUAAGCACAAUUUCCCCCGAAGUAGAUUCAACAUGGGCCGGCUGUCAAUGGAAAUCGAUGAAUCCGUGGGCGGCACAAGAUAGUAUUGAUCUUAAACUCGUCGCAACUUAUGAGCCUGAUAGUGACACAGUCCUGACACCAUUAGUGUCCGAUCAUUCCAGCACUUGUGCGGUUAUGGAGGACUGGAAACGGCUGCUGGGGCUAGCGAUUCCGAGUUGCCUGGGAGUGUGCUUGGAAUGGUGGUGGUACGAGUUCAUGACCAUCCUCGCAGGCUACCUGCCCAGCCCGCACGUUGCACUUGCCACAGCCGCAAUUGUCAUACAGACUACAUCACUUAUGUACACACUCCCAGCAGCAUUGGGCGCCUCCGUCUCCACCCGGGUCGGGAGCGAGCUCGGGGCAGGCCGGCCGCACUUGGCCCGUCUGGCAGCGAUAGUGGCCAUAGGGCUAGCCCUGAUGGGCUCUUCUCUUGGGCUGAUAUUGACAACUCUGGGGAGGCAGGCUUGGACCAGAGUCUUCACCAGUGACAGAGAAAUUCUGGAUUUGACAAUGGCUGUUCUACCAGUUAUUGGGCUAUGCGAGCUCGCGAACUGCCCACAGACCACCAGCUGUGGGGUACUCAGAGGGAGCGCCCGGCCAGGAACCGGAGCGGCAAUCAACUUCUGCUCAUUUUACUUGGUCGGUGCGCCGGCGGCUGUGGCCCUGGGCUUUGUUUGGAAAAUGGGCUUCGUGGGCCUGUGCUAUGGGCUUCUGGCAGCCCAAGUUGCUUGCGCGGUGUCGAUUCUGGUGGUCAUUUACAGGACGAAUUGGGAGAUCGAAUGGGCCAAGGCAAAGGGAUUGGUCGGAAAAUUUGCUGGCAAGGAUGAGGAAGGUCCGGUUAUUACAUUUGUAUGAACAGGAAAAUUAAAUUGGACAUAGGCAGACCAUAGAUAAUAGUCAUUCCUCCAGUAUAAAGCAUCAUAUAUAGUAGUACUAUUUUGUUCAUACACCGCAGUACCUUUGCCUUGCCGCUUCCCUGUUGCUUUCUUGCAGCACACAUCUUGCAUAUAUUUUCAAUGAAGUAUGGCCUGGGAUAGACCUUUGGUGAAAGUUUAAGAUUUCCAAUGAAGUAUGGCCUUCCUUGAA